CACCUCCUCUUCUUCUUCUUCUUCUUUGCGUGCCUAAUCGAAAAGUCACGAAAAUCUAGUCUCCAUGGAAGCAAAACCUUCAGAGAAAAUGACAAAUCCCAAACCAAGAGACUUCCUAAACCACCUCGAAACAUACCUCGCCAAAAGAGAUGGCGUAGACAAGCUCCUGAAGAUCUCCCGCUACACAACCAAGAUCAUCCUCGCCUCAUCCCUCAUCCCAGAAACCAAUCCCCUGACUCACCGUCUCAAAUCCUUCGAAUCAAGCGUCGGAGUCAGCCGCAAAGCCUUCCGUCUCGGCAAAUUCGUACAAGACAUCAACGCCCUCAGAGCCUCGCGGUGGCGGGACUCGAACCGCGGCCUCGCGCUGCUGCUGAUACUCGCCUACGGAGGCGAAGGAUUGUACUACUUGGUCGAGCAGUUCGUCUGGCUAUCAAAAUCGGGGCUGAUCGACGCGAAGUGGUUGCAGAAGAUGAGCGCGUGGGCGGAGCUUGUGGGAUACGUUGGGAGCGUUUCGUUGAAAGUUAGGGAUUUGAGAGAGAUUAAGGAAGAGGAAGCCUGCGUUGCUUCGACGAUCGAGAUCUCUGUAACAAGAGGGAUAGGUUGUGUAGGUGAAGAGGAGAAGAUGAGGAAGCUCAAGGAGAAGAAGACGAUGAAGGUUUUAUCGGUUCUUCAAGAUCUUGCUGACGGGUUAAUGGCGGUUGCGGAUGUUAGGGAUGGUAAGGUGGGAGUUUUAUCAGCUCCGAGUGUGAUUGCGUCAGCUGGUUUGUUUUCAGCUAUUAUCAGUACUCAUAAGAACUGGGUCUCUUGUUGAUGAAUGAUCGAUCAUCAUCUACUACGCUAAAUAA